AUGUCCAAGCGUAUCAUCGUCACCGGUGGCUCCGGCAAAGCUGGUCGAAACAUUAUUGCACACCUGCUUGCCCAGGGCUAUGAAGUGCUCAACCUCGACCUGGCUCCCCUGACCGGCCCCCUCGCGGAGAAAGUCCACACCCUGCACGUCGAUCUCAGCAACACCGGCCAGGUCUACUCAGCCUUGACUUCCCACUUCCACCUCUCCGAGCCCUUCAGGGAGCCUCUCAACCAGCUUCCCGACGCAGUCAUCCACCUUGCCGCGCACGCGCGCAACAUGAUCGUCCCGGACAGCGAGACUUUCCGCGGCAACGCCCUGGCCACCUACAACGUGAUCGAGGCGGCCUGCCGUCUCGGGAUCAAAAAGAUCAUCACCGCCAGCACCAUCUGCGUGUACGGGGUCGGCUUCGCCGAGGGCGACGUCGAUUUCCCCGCCUUCCCGGUCGAUGAGGACCUCGACGUCAACCCCAUGGACACCUAUGCGAUCUCGAAGAUGUGCGGCGAGCGCGUGGCCCGCGGCUUCGUCCGUCGUUUCGGCGUCGACAUCUACGUCCUGCGUAUUGGUAGACUGGUCGAGCCGCAGGAGUACGCCGAGGCCAUGUUCGACUCCUACGUCAAGGAGCCCCAUCUGUGGAAGGUACAUGGCUGGUCGUACACGGAUGCCCGUGACUUGGGUCAGAUGUGUGAGCGCGCCAUCCUCACGAACGGUCUCGGGUUCCAGGUUUUCAACGCCACCAAUGACGAGAUCACCAACUUUGCGGCCUCUACUAGCGAGUUUCUGAAGGAGCAGUGUCCCAACGUGCCUUUUACCCGUGACAUCGAGGGCAGGGAGGCUCCCAUCUCGAACCGCAAGAUCAAGGCAUUGCUUGGUUUCCGUCAGGAGCACCCCUGGGAGAAGUAUUAUCCCAACGCGCAGCAGGAGUGA